UAACUUGAGUAUCGAUCAAGAUUAUUGAACAAACUAAAACAUGAAAGUCACAAUUUUCUUUGUACUGUUAGCAUCAACUUUAGUUUUUGCUAAUAAUGAAGUAAAAAAACAAGCCAAACAAAUCACUGUUGAAAUAGUUGAACACAAUAAUAUGGCCUCCAUGCAUUUAGACGUAAUUGAGAGUAUUGAGGAAGCUUUUGAUUUAGGCAGUAGUUGCCAAGGGAGAAUGCAACUUCUCGUGCCGUAUUUAAAAUCGAAAGCAACUACCAAGGGCAAAAACUGGGUAGUGGCGGAACAACCUUGUGGUAUUGAACAUAACAGUGUUACUUAUGGUUACUAUAAAGUUACUCAAAGCGGCGUAUCACGUCAAGUUUAUGUUAUUGCCGUUUAAUGUUAAAAAUAAAAGCCAGUUAAAAUAAAAAAUAUAUUUUUUUAUUC